UUCACUUUUCAAAACCCUUCGAACCCAAUUCUGACGCUCUCUCCAAAUUGAUAAUUCUCAGAGAAAAAUGGCUUUUGCUGCAAAAUCUACAAAUGGCUGCCUAGCUUCUUCACUCCCAUCACUCUUCACAGAUUCAAAAGCUUCAUACUCACACCCAUUUCCGUCAAUCCGCAUCAAACCCAUCAAAUUACAAAUUUCUUGCUCUUGCGCUUCCUCAAUUCCACUAUCACCUAUUUUGAGGGUUUCUGUCAUCGCCGCUCAGCAAGAAGAGGACAGCCCUGUUCUCCUCGAGGAGCAAGACGGCAGAGAUUUCAGCUGGGCUGAAGCUCCCGACAGCGGAGAGACUGAUGUGUUCGUUGAGCCGCCGGAGGAAGCCAAAUUGUAUGUGGGGAAUUUGCCGUACGACGUCGACGGUGUUAGUCUGGCUCAGAUUUUCAAGGGGGCUGGCACUGUGGAAAUUGUUAAUAUUAUUUGCAAUAGGGAGACUGAGCAGAGUAGAGGGUUCGGGUUCGUGACGAUGAGUAGUGUGGUAGAAGCUGAGAAAGCUGUGGAAAUGUUCAAUCGUUAUGAUCUCAAUGGCCGAUUGCUGACUGUUAGUAAAGCAGCUAAAAGAGGAUCAAAGCCCCCUGCUCGUUACAGGAUAUACGUAGGUAACUUGCCUUGGAGUGUGGAUGAUGCACGUCUUCAGCAGGUGUUCAGUGAGUACGGUAAAGUUGUGAGUGCUCGUGUGCUCACUGAUAGAGAGAAUGGAAGAUCUCGUGGUUUUGGCUUUGUAGUGAUGUCAAGUGAAGCGGAAUUGAAUGAUGCCAUUGCCAACCUUGAUGGAAUGAGUUUGGAUGGUAGAGCAAUCAGGGUCAAUGUCGCUGCAGAUGAACCGCCAGGCAACGGUAUUUGAGUUGUACGAAUCUACUAUUGCAUCAAGUCUUAAGGCUUAUUUAUUUGUGCAGAUAUGAUCAAUAUGGUAUUAGGAGGCUAAGAGAGAUUUUAUUUCCACACAUGAAAAACCAGCUUGCUUUUGCCUGCACUCUUAUAUAUUUAUAGCUUAAACUGGGUAGUCGGACGAGAAAUUUCUCAUUUAAAAGAGACUUGGCAACAUAGUUUUUCAUGUAUGCAGGCAUAGUUAUACAUUAAGUUAAUUAUCAUAUAUAUACACACGGCACGCACGUAAAGUUAGCGCCCCCAGAGCUGCAGUGGCACUGGCAUGUAACAAACAGCCGUCUCGCUCUGGAUAUUGAACGUGCCAUCUGCGUUCUUGCCCACAACUUUCAGUUCCUCGUAUACGUUCCCAACAGGGAUCACCAAUCUGCCAGCGGGUUUCAGUUGUUGGAUAAGCGCUGGGGGGAAUUUCUGGUGUGGCAGCUCCGAUGUGAAUGGUGUUGUAAGGCGCAAAGUCUGGCCAUCCCACCUGCCAGAUACAAGAACACAAUAUAAGCUAUAAGCUUUUUAAAACAAUUAAGCUCUUAAACUGCUUAUAAAUUUCAGAUGAGUCAGAUGGCGUGCAUGUGAGGUGCGUUGUAGACGAUCUGUCAAUGUAUGGGGGUGUGCCCUCUGGAACAAACAAACCCCUGUCACUUGUGCCCUUUUCUUUGACUGUAUAAUUCCAUAACUCUGCUGCUGCUGCUGCACCAUUCA